UUAUUGUUAGUGGGAGGGGAGCACAUGUCUUGUAAGUGAAAUUACGCUCGGCGAAAGGAGGCUAGAGCUGUUUUGUAUUGUUGCUGAUGCCCCGCCUCUGAUGGUAGCCUUAAACCUGGCACCCAGCUAAAACAAACCAAAGCCAGCACCGAGCUCCCACUCAAUCCAAUUAAGGCGGACUUGAGGCGCUCUCCUACGUGUUCAUCUACCAGGAUCGACGUUGAGACAACAGGAACCAGAGGGGCUUUGGCCAAAAAAAAAAAAAAAAAAAAGAGAGAGAAGGAGAGAUUGCCUUGCCUUCUAAUUUCUCCCUCUCCAGUCCCAGAACAAUGUCGAUGAGCCCUAAGCAUACGACUCCUUUUUCUGUUUCCGAUAUCUUGAGUCCUCUUGAGGAGAGCUAUAAGAAAGUAAGUAUGGAGAAUAACAACUUGGGGGCACCUCUCACUUCUUACCGGCAGCCGCAGGUCUCUCAGGCGGCGAUGCAGCAGCACCACAUGGGCCAUAAUGGGACUGUCUCUGCGGCUUACCACAUGACUGCGGCAGGUGUUUCUCAGCUGUCACACACGGCCAUGGGGGGCUACUGUAACGGCAACCUGGGCAACAUGGGCGACCUGCCGUCGUACCAGGACGGCAUGAGGGGCAGCACCACAGCCACCGGCUGGUACGGAGCCAACCCGGACCCGCGCUUCUCCACCAUUUCUCGCUUCAUGGGCUCGUCGUCGGGCAUGAACAUGGGCAGCAUGGGCAGCCUCAGCUCCCUGGCAGACGUGGGUAAAGGCAUGGGCUCUCUGUCCAGCACCCCGAGGAGAAAGAGACGAGUGCUGUUCUCCCAGGCUCAGGUCUACGAGCUGGAGCGACGCUUCAAGCAGCAGAAAUACCUGUCGGCGCCGGAGAGGGAACACCUGGCAAGUAUGAUCCACCUCACCCCGACCCAGGUGAAAAUCUGGUUUCAGAACCACCGGUACAAGAUGAAGAGGCAGGCCAAAGACAAAGUGUCCCAGCAGCAGAUGCAGCAGGACAGCGGCUCGUGCCAGCAGCAGCAGCAGCAGUCCCCGCGGAGGGUGGCUGUGCCGGUGCUGGUGAAGGACGGCAAGCCGUGCCAAGGCAGCGGCCACACGCCCACAUCCUCCGCGCAGACCCUCCACCAGCAAGGGGGCAACGUCAUGAUCAUGUCCAACAACACGUCCGGCCUCGGGCAGCACCAGAGCCAGCAGGUGGGGAGCACAGGUCACUCUCCAGAUUUGGCUCCGCACUCCUCCAGUCCGCCGUCCCUGCAGAGCCAAGUGGCCGGCCUGUCUCACCUCAACUCCCCCGGCGCAGAGUAUGGCUCGGCCCUGCAGUGUUCGGCUCUGUUAUACGGCAGGACGUGGUGACAAGAGGCGCCCGCUAUGAUUUAAAACCAAUUCUUCUAUUUAAAGAAAAAAAACAGACUUUUUUUUUCUUUCAAGACUCUACAAGUUCCACUGUAAAUGUGCGCAUCUGAACAAGAACCGAGAGAAAUCGGUGCAGCUCCUCUUGAAUUUUCACCUUUUUUGGAAGGAAAUGUGACUUAUAUAAAGGAAGGAAGGAGGCAGAAACACUUUUGACCAGAAACUGCGGAAGUCUUUGGAUUUAUUUAUGUAAAUUAUAUUGAGAUAAAAGAAGAAAUCAGCAGUCAUAUAGGCCGCAGUAGUUUGGAGAAAGUGAACCUGAACAGGGAAACUGCUGUAUGUGGGUGCUGUUAACCCCCCACCCUCACCCCCCUCACAAACACACAAACACACAUGACUCUGAUUUAUAAUAGAAUUUAAUGUAAGCCGUAGAUCUAGCUUGUAUAUUUCUGUAAAAGGUUUGAAUUUUAGCUAUCUGUUGUACAAAGUUUUUGACGCUAUUGCCGGUUUGUUGUCGUUUCAUUGGUAUUUGUACGUUUUAUUUCUUUGUAACUUAUAUAGAUA